AUGCCGUCUGAUUCAGGGCCCCCUGCGCCCCGGAAGCAAAGGACGCGUACCAACGUGCGGCAAUCCAAGUACGGCUGCUUUACGUGUCGAGCCCGUCGAGUAAAAUGCGACGAGUCCAAGCCCCGUUGCUUGCGCUGCCAGCGAGGUAAACGCAGUUGUGAAGGGUAUCCUGAUGGGGCGCCUCGUGACCCAGGCCCGCCCCAAACGGGUGUUGUGCCUGUCGAACCAGGCCACGUCGACCGCGUCGGUGUUUUCAAGCCCACUGGGCUAGGACCGAACCCUGAACUUGAUCGUCUCCGUCUUCUGGCUUGUGCCGUGCUCUCACAAGGGCGUCCCGGUGCGAGGACAGAGGCAGAGACUGCAUUUUGGGGCCAUCUGGUGCCCCAGCUCGCAUUGUCCAUUCCAAGUGUGAUGGAGGCCGCCGCCGCAUUUGGAGCGUCCUAUGAGCAACAGAUGCUGCAAAGAAACUGUGGCGCUGCCAAAUUCAAGGCAUUGAAACAAAUCACGGCGGCGAUGGCGAAAAUUCGACAAGAUGUCUUGGAGCUCCCUCAUGGUCCUCUGCCCGUCCUUGUGGCGUGCACCCUCUUGGCCUCUGCUGAAACAAUCCAGUACCGACAAACCGACGCUCUGCUUCAUCUCCGAGGGGCAUUUUCAAUCAUGAACUCCCGCGAAUGGCUUUCCACAAAAUCCCUGACCGGCAAAGCCCUUCUUGACGAUGAUCUCUCAUGUCUUUUUGGGAAGUUGGACCUGCAAGUCAUUACCUACGCACUGGGAAACGCGCCAGAGCUUCAAUGCCCGGUAGCUGCCCCUGGUAUGGAUGGAGACGUUACCAUGUUCACUCCACGGAAGGCAGACCGCACGCUCUUCCGGACGUUGCACUCGUGUUACAGUUUCGCCACAAGGGCUGCCGAGUACAAAUAUCUUCCUCGUGCAGCCUCUAGAGAGGUGUUGGUGUUGGAUCAGAGCCGUCAUAUCGCCGAGCUGAACAAGUGGCUCUCAUGUUAUCGACAAUAUUCAAAGAUGGGCCAUGGCAUCUCGGCGGUCAACGGCCUGCACGGACUAGUGCUCCAGGCCCAUUGUCUGAGUGCCCUCAUUUAUGUCUCGAACAUCCUUGAGCCAUUCGAGACGGCGUACGACAAGUACGCACUACAGUUCCAGCAACUUGUCGAGUGUGUGGAACGAGCCAUGAGAGCAAAACCCGCCGAGGCCGAAAUGCCCACCUUCAACGCUGAAAUGGGAAUCAUCCAGCCGCUCUUUUUCACAGCUAUCAAGUAUCGUGACUCCACAUGGCGGUUAAAAGCCAUAUCGCUGCUUGAGGAAUGUGGGAGAGAAGGACCAUGGUGCGGGUGUGUCGAGGCAGCCGCUGCUGAAUGUGUGGUUCGAGCGGAAGAGACAGCGGCAUCUCAAGCAGCAGCAGAUGCCGCCUUGUGCAGAAAAUCGACGCCGAGGACCGUGUUUCAUCCUCAGGAUAUUCCCGAGCAGGCACGAGUAGCUGGACAUUCCCUGUUCGACGUUCUCGAGGACGCUUCAGGCGCAACGUGGGCUACCAUCGAAAUGUCUCGAUGUCGUGACAUGCAUGCGAUGCUGCUUGAUGGGCAACCACAGCCUGACGUCAAUGAACAUUGGUCAGUCUGGAGGGAGACAUGUCGGCUUCGUAUACCCUGA